GUGCCAUUUUGUCUGCGAGUCUGGUUGGCCGCUCUCCGCGAGCGCAGGGCAACGAAGCUGUGGAAAGUCAUUGCCGAACAAGUGCUGUGGCCCUGAGGCCUCCCCGACUCCCGCCGCGCCGUGGUUUUGUCAUAAAUUGGCUCACAGCUCAGCUGCCACUAAUUCGGGCGCGCAAGUCGCUGCGCGACAGGUGACGCCCGAUAGCAGCGCUCAUAGAUAUAGAAACUAUCCGUUUCAAAGAAAUCGUCGGAAAAAGCAACACUAACAGCACCAUGGCGAGCGACGGCGACCAGACCCGCGCGCGCGGCGCCGAGUUCACGACCAAGCCCCUGUUCAUGGUGACAAGACGACAUCAACAGUGGCAGCAGCCCCAGGACUGUCCUCUACUCAUAGAACGCGUCGAUGACGUCCAGGAAACACCGAGUGAUUUCACGUCGUUUCAGCGCCAAGGCUUGAGGCAAUUACAACAAAACGCGUCCAGAACGCAAUUAGGCCAGCCCUAUCCUCUCCCGGAUCCGCAGAACGCGCGCUUCCCGCCCUGGUUCGCGUCCUUGCCGUCGCACGAUGUUCUCGACGUCGACCAAUAUCACGCGCCCUGGCGCCACCCGCACAAGUGCAAGGAGACGCGAGCGCUUGAGCGGGAAGAACGUCGUAGAAGGACGGACCAGGAGGACUGGAGAAGGCGGACCCAAGCGAAGUUUAUGAGGCAGCUCCUCGCGCAUCGAGAAGACGUGAUGAAACGGGGUCGAGCGACGCGUGCGGACGCGGCGCGGUGCGCGCGCGGCUGCAAGCAGAAAUUAGCGCAGGAGGAACGAGGUCGCGAAGCGGAGGAGACGCGGACCGCUAGGAAGCGGUUGCAAGCUCUCCGAGCUCAUGACAUGGCCUCGUAUGCAAAGCUAGUAGAGGAAGCAAAAAAUCACCGCCUCAAGUUUUUACUGGAGCAGACCGAUGGAUAUAUACGACAGAUCACGUCCCAAGUCAGUUCUUUGAGACGGGAGGAGGAAGGUCUCGAGAGACGCGCCAAGGAACGCAAGGCUGCCAAGGAAGGGACUUCACUAGAUACGGAAGAAAAACGGGAGGAGAACGGGUUUGCGAUUGACAAUGAUGAGGAGCAUAGGGACGCGACGAAGGACUACUACAAGGUGACGCACGCUGUUGGGGAAGAGGUCCGCCAGCCGAAAUGUUUAGUAGGGGGUCGCCUGAAGGAGUACCAGUUGGCGGGCCUGACCUGGCUUGUAAGUCUGCACAAUAAUAGGUUAAAUGGCAUCUUGGCCGACGAGAUGGGUCUCGGGAAAACCAUACAAACUAUAGCAUUGUUGGCUCAUCUUUUGGAGCGGGGCGUGCCGGGGCCGUUUUUGGUCGUGGCUCCUCUCUCGACCUUGUCGAACUGGUCGCACGAGUUCGCGAAGUGGUCCUUGGCCAGUGUCCUUUUCAUCGUCGCGGCGCCGCGUCGACAUGAGAGUCCAUGCGUCUCGUGAGAUGGCCGCGGCGUCGCGUCGACGGCGUGCGGGGGAACCGCUCGAGAGACGCCGUCGACGCGACCCUCAUGUUAUACAACGCAGGGCGCCCGCCAUGACCGUUUUAACCUACAAGGGCCCACCAUCAGCAAGGAAGGAGGCCCAGAAGGAAUUGGCAUCGUUAUACACGAACGACGCCGGCAGACGUAGAAGAGGCGGCGUCGCCGCGGCCGCGGCCGCGAGGGAAGCCUCGAAGCAAGGCUCGCGCCAGCUCAACGUCCUCCUCACGACCUACGAAUAUGUGAUGAGAGAUCGAGCCGUCCUCAGACGCGUCGGCUGGGAGUAUAUCGUCGUAGACGAGGGCCAUCGGAUGAAAAAUGCCUCUUCCAAGUUCGCCCAAACAUUAGGUAAUAUGUACACGGCGAAACGACGACUUCUACUCACCGGAACACCUCUGCAGAACUCGUUACCAGAAUUAUGGGCGUUACUCAACUUCCUACUACCGUCAAUAUUCAGCAGUGUCGAUACGUUUGAGGGCUGGUUCAACAAGCCCUUCUCGCAGUUCGGGAGCCACGGUUCUGAGGAGGAGGCCGUGGGCCUGGCCCAUGAAGAGCGGAUGCUCGUUAUUCACAGACUGCACGAGGUGCUGCGGCCUUUUGUUCUUAGAAGGGUCAAGUCGGCAGUACUAGGUCAGCUCCCGGAGAAGGUCGAGAAAGUUUUACGAGUCGACUUAACGGCGUGGCAGCAGGUCCUCUACGAGCAGAUACGACAGACCGGUGUGCAAAAAAGAGAUUCUCCUAGAAACGGCGACGUCGCCGCGCCUCCUAUUUCAAGAGGUUUAAAUAAUGUACUGAUGCAGCUGCGAAAAGUGUGCAACCACCCCUUCUUGUUUCGGAGCGACGCCUGGACCGUUGAUGAAAGUCUCAUUCGCUCGUCAGGCAAGUUUCUACUCUUAGACAGCAUGCUCCCAAAGCUCAAAGCGGCGGGCCAUCGCGUCCUACUCUUCAGCCAGAUGACUGCGCUCAUGGAUCUAUUGGAAGAUUUCUUCCGAUAUCGCUCCUACGAGUUUCUGCGGCUCGAUGGGAGUACGGCCGCGGACGAACGAGAAAGGAGGAUGGCGCGGUUCAACGACCCCUCGUCGCCGGCCUUUGUGUUCCUCCUCUCAACAAGAGCAGGUGGUCUAGGAUUAAACCUCGCAUCCGCAGAUACAGUAGUCAUCUUCGACAGCGACUGGAACCCGAUGAUGGACGCGCAGGCGCAAGAUCGGGCCCAUCGCAUCGGCCAGAAGAACGACGUGAGGGUCUUUCGGUUGUGUUCGACGUCUCCCGUGGAAGAAAGGAUUCUACAACGCGCCACGGAUAAGCUCAACAUGAAUUCUUUGGUAGUGGAGGCCGGCCAAUUUUCUCGAGAUUCCAAGGCCGACGAGCGACGGCAGAUGGUCGAGGAGCUGCUCAAGGAGUACCAGGAACCGUCCGACGAGUCCAACGACGAGGACAAGAAGGAUAACAUUCGGGACGAUUUAUGCGAGGCGAUGGCCGCGUCGAGCGACGAGAUCGCUCUCUAUAGAUCCGUGGACGCGAGACGAGAAGCUUUGACGCCGUAUUCGAACGAAGAAGUCCCGGCAUGGGUGCGCGCGGGCUGCGACGGCGCCGACGCGGCCGCGCUGGAGCGCGCCCAGGCGAAGACGCAAUCUAGGUCGGAUUUUGGGGAUUUCUCGGGCGAUCCGUCCCAGCGGCGCGCGCGGUCGAAGAAGCGCGACUACGCGGGCAUGUCCGAUCGAAGCUUCAUGAAGCUCAUCCAGGGGGGGGCUUCGGUUGGGUACGAGCCCGUCGGGAGCGACGACGGCGCGAUGCGUAUCAAGCUGAAGAAGCGGAGGCCUUAAGUGUACUUAGUGUAUUUA